CGAUCCUCCUGCCUCAGCCUCCCAAGUGCUGGCAAAUUUCUGACAAAUGAGUCAGUGUGUAAAAGUACUGAAGGUUCACCACGCCCUUUUCAGUAAUUUUGAGACAGAGUACAGCUCUCCAGGGUAGCCUCUGUCCCUGAGCUCUUCAGGGAGAAGGGCACCCAGGAGGAGAAGGAAAUGCACCUCCCUUUGCCCACUGCGGAUGUUCUCCUUCCCCUAGCCCAGCCUGGAUGCUGUCUGCCCCCAGGGUGGGUCUGCAGCCCUUCCUCGCUGGAUCUGGAGCACAGGGAGCCUGACGGGUUUGGCCCAAAAUCCAAGGAGGGCAACGUGGGUCCUAAACAACCACCAUGCGGGGCCGGGCACCAACAGGAAGCCUCUCCUUUGAUGGACUGUUCCUCUGCUUCCCUGCCCCGAUGGCCUUGUCUGAGUCACGUGGCCAUGCUCAGGCCCUGAGUCCUCUGAUGGGGAGGGGGCAGAAGACAAGGAGAGGAUUUAGAAGAGAGCCAGGAGGGCCACAGGUGUGGAGACUCAAAGAGAUGAUGAGGCCAGGCUGUGUGUCUAGAGCGCUUGUAAGGACCCAGAGAAGUCGGAGCCUCACAGGGAACCUAAGAGAGGGAGCAGGGGCUCUCCACCCUAGGAAGACCUCACCAUUCAUCCAGUCCUUCCUGUAGGCGUGUGAGGGCUCAGCCAUGGCGAUGGGGCCAGGACAGUGGCACCAGUGAAGUACUUGAGCUCCAAAAGAGGAAGGACAGAAGGUGGGGUCCUCCGGGGGCUUCAGGUCCGUGGGGUGGUUGUGUGCAGAAAGACUGUUGACACUGUGACUGGAGGGCUUUGGGGCACGUGGGCUCCUUACUUUGGGGGUCAAAGUCUUAGUGGACUUGCUCACCCCCAGCCCCGUCCUGGCUUCCCAUCCAGCAUUUUACGAGGGUGGGUACACUUUCCUGGAUAGCCCUCUGAGAUUUCCAGGAAACCUCAUACAUCGCUGGGAGCAGACCAGCCGAGCCCUUCCCAGGCGGAAGCCAGGUUUCUAGAUAGAGCUACAAUGAGCGCCACAGGCCCUGACGCUCAGCUGUGACACAUCUUAUCCCCUUGGCCUUGUGGGCUCCCUGACAAAGACCAACGAACAAAUGGGGAGGUGGCCUUUGCUUUGUAUGCACCAGUUCUUGAAGGCAGGAAUAAGGGAGCCAGGCACAUAGAUGAUGUGUGGCCCUCAAGGGCCUUUCAGUACACAAGGCCCUGCACACGUCUGUCCUUGUUUUGUCAAGGACUCCGUGGAGGAGGGAUGCAGGGGUUCCAAGGAGACUGAUGCUGGCUGCAGGCUGUGGAAUGAGACCGGGCUUCACAGCUUUAGACCUGUGCACAGUUCCCUUGGCCAGGAGGCUGUUUGUCCUUGGAGAGACCGGGCAGCCCAUGCGUCUCCUAGGGCGAGCAGUUGUGCAGCUCAGCUGGGUGUUUUGGCAGCCACAGUCAAGGGCUGUAAAUGCAUGUUUUCCUUUUGAUCGGGCAAACCUGUAUCGAGGCGUUUUUCUAAAGAAAACAGUUAAGGGUACCUAAGCAUUUGGUUGAAGAGUUAUUUAUCCCCGUCCCCCUUAUCUUAGGGAAAUUAGACCACGGCAGCAGGGGAGUGACCGAGUCGAUCCCAGCAUGGCAUGCUCCGCAGGUGACACAUGGUGUUGAUUUUUAAUUGAAAUAGAAAAAGUUCAGAUAUCUAAGAGGAACCAGACUUCCUUUCUGCAAGUGUAUAUUUUCUGAGAGGGAGAAAACAGACCCAAGAUGCUGUCUCUAGGGCUACAUUUGUCAAGGCUCUCUGGAGAACAGAUCCAUAGGAUAUAGCGAGAGACGUACAAGAUGGGAUUUAGUAUGGAAACUGGCUCAUUCGAUUAUGGAGGCUGAUAGAGUGCUGUAGCCUGCAUCCAGGGCCCUAGACCUAGGAGCUGUGGUGUCUGGGGGCAGUAGAUGGACGCCCCAGCUUCUGCAGAGAGAGCAUUUUCCUUUCAGCUGCCUUUCUGUUGUGCCUGUGUCCUCAGUGGCUUGGGUGAAGGCUCUCCAGACUGGGGAGGGGGAAUCUAGGUCAGGUGGUCUAGAUUUGGAUGCUAAUUUCCUCCAGAAACACUCCCAGACACUCUCAGAAAUCACGCUGAUUGCUGUCUGAGCACCCCAUAGCCCAAUCAGGUUGAGAGAGGAAAUUAGUCACCCCAAGGGCCAAGAAGAGUGAUCAGAACUGAAGUAGGUGGGAGCUUGGGUAGAUAAUUUUCCCACGGAGAGAAGCCCUCUUCUGCAUCAGCCACUGAGCCUGGACAAAGCUUUUGGUGCCUGAAUCCUCCUGAGAUGUCCACGCCCUGGCCACGUCCCUGCCGUUCGUUCACUUUUCCUUGCAAGAACGGGUCCCAGAGGAUCACUUGCUUUGCCUUCCUGGGGCUGUGUUUCUCAAACUGAAUUUCCCCAGCCUGGCAGCAUCACGACCUCCUCAGCUCCCUGGAGGAGGUGAGGUCAAUAACACUGCCAGGCUGGAGGAAAGGAAGGUAUUGUCUGCGCUACGGCUGGGGUUUCUGUAUGUGCAGUACCCACCCCAGACAAGACUGAGUGGGCACCUUCAAAGUGCCCCUGCUCGUCCUCCAGCAGUCGGAGCCAAAUCACCUGCAUGCUCACUCUGGCCGGCUUGGCACUGUUCCUGACCUCACCCCUGCCUUGAUGUCACAGCACAAGUCUGCUGUUCCCAUGACAAUGGGCUGCCAUAGGCAACCAACGAGGGAGCUACUUGCCAGUGGAGCUGGAGAGCUUCGACCCCAGCCAGCCUGGGUUUGCUGAGGCACAAUUCUGACACCUGUGGCCCCUCCAAGCCCUGCGCCCCUGAACUCUCUGCUCUGGGCUGAGCCCCCUUCUCUCAGAAGCUGUGUCUGCAGAGCUCACAGAAAUGCAGAGGGACACAGAGGACACUGCACGGCCCAGCCUCAUGCCUGAUGACACCGUCUUCGCUUUGAGGCGGAAGUCCGCAUUGCUGCAGGCCAGGGUCAAAGGAGAUGUUGCUCUACAGAGAAGACCCAACGGGCAGCAGCGGAGAAGCCGGCAACUGCAGCGCCUGCCAGAGGGAUUGCGGGCAGUGCCGCAGGAGGCCAGACACCAGCAAGCCAGAGACCCCCAGCGGCUGUAUUUAGCCCAUCCACUGAGUGGGGCUGCAAGGUGGGCAGUGGGAAACAAACCCCACUCAGGGGAGCCCAUCCUGCAGGGAGCAGCUGGGCCCCUCAGGGGCAGGCAGAGGCACAAAGAACCCCUCAGAGAAGAGAGGAGUUGCAGGGAGGUGCCACCCGGAAGACAGGCCUGGCACACCAAGUCCCUGAAGAAAGCAACAGGCUUGGAGAGACGGGGGGCUCCCCGAGCACAGUGUCUGAGUCCUCCUGAGAAGAGAAAAGAGAAGCGGGCUCCUUCAAGCCAGACCAGCGGUGGCCGCCAGCUUGUGGAGAGUUGGGCGGGCUUUACGACGGCCGACCUAGAAAGGCUGCAUCCACUCUUGGCUGCUGCAGUGGAAACCAAGUUCCUGGAGGAAAAGGCGAAGGAAAAAGCCCCAAAGCGGAUGCGGCAGGUGGGAAACGGGACUGACCGCUCAGCUCAGGGCCCGAGAAAUUACUCCAGGGCGAGUCCAGAGAGCCAGCCGGAGGACCUAGAACAGCUACGGCCCGUCAGCUCCACUCACAGAAAGGGGUCUGAGUGCCAGCGUGGUGACAAGGACUUUUGGCAGAAGGAGCUUGCGUCUGCUGUGGAGGAGUUGUUUAAAACAAGCAGAAAGCUGAGAGAACGCCUCACUUGGCACCUGGAACAGAGGCCCGUGGCAGACCAGAACCCCGCUGGAGAGCAGGUCUUCCCAGAGAGGCGGGGACCAGGUAGUGAUGUCCCUGGAGAGGAGGGGCCGGGGCAGGCAGCAACUGUACUUGCCUCAGAGGCGGGGUCCCCCAGGACAGCCUCCCAGUGCAGUCUGCCACAGUUACCAAGCCAGGCCGAGGGCGCCCAGUACCAUCAUUUGGCCCCAUGCACUCCCCAGGGGGAAAGUCAGACGCUGCCUCCCGAGGACAGGGUAUCCGUGGGCGGAGAGGACUCGAUCCUGCAGAGCCCCACACCUGCCACACCGGCGGAGGGCUCACCUCAUCCUCGCCGGCAGGAACAGCCGGACCCAGCGGGCUGGAGGGCAUCGAGGCAGAAACAGAAGACCGCGGCGGAAGGGAGAAAGAAGAGCCUGCUGGAGCAGACCGAGCACCCGAGCAUGAGCUUGGAAAUCCACUACAAGGCUGAGCUGGAGGAGGAGCGGCGGGCGCGCAGGAAGACUCGCCUGGCCCUUCUGAGGUCUUACUCCACGGGGGCCCCGGCCAGGGACGCAGGACCUGUGUGCAGAGCCCACUCGCCCCUGUACGGCAGCGGCAGCGUCAGUGAGGAGAAGCACAGUCAGAUGGUGCUUGGCUUCCAACGGCAGAUCUUAGAGCAAAACAGGCUGCACACGCAGUUUCUAGAAAAAGCCAGGAAACGUUUGCGAGAGUUUCAGAAAACGUGGUAAAGGCGAGAGCACGCUCACAAUAAAUACAUCCCUCGUUAAGGUCUGUGCAGGUGUCCUGUCCUCCCUCAGGCCCUGUACACUCGGUGGCCUGCCCUCACACAAAAAUAGGGCCCCCUGGAGGCCAGAGAUUUAGGUCAGUGGUGCCACGCCUGCCUC